ACRGAGUCACUGGCCAAAUGGCAGUUUCAGAAGUUAAUCCAAAACUUAAGCUGAAUCCUUUAAAAGUACCUGGGUUCCACAGCAAGAGGGGUAAUAAUUUACCAGAACAUCUUCAACACAAAGAAAAGUUGAGCCCUUCACAAAUAGAAGGAGACGGGAAGGUGAACUUCUCUGACUUCAUAAAGGUGCUAACAGAUAAGAACCGCUUCCUCAAAGCUGUAGUUCCAGAAAAGGAAACCUAUUUAGAUUUAACUGACAACCYGGGGAUCCUAUUAUUUGAAAUCCUAUCAAAGCUUGUAGAGACUUCAGCCCUACCCAGAAAGGCUAUAAUGGAAAUAGUAAAGAGAGCUACAGAAAACUAUAAUUUAGGAGUUGCCCUUGCACAUCGGAAAGAAAUGUUAAAUCUCUGGCAGAAGAUACGAGGGGAUCUGAUUGGAAUAGACACUAACAAUGAGUCCUUUUAUGACACCUUUUCUACUUAUACAUGGUCCUGGAAUGUUUGCCAAGAAUUACUUUCUCCUAAGGACUUACGGUUAUAUGAUGCCUACACCAAUAAAAAUUUCCCAUUUAACUCCGGAUUCUCUUCCGGAUCGGAUGUCAGUGAAUGUGACAGAGAGACAGGAAGAAAAAGAAAACGGAAAGGUUUUAGAGUGUUUCAACAAUGA